AUGUCCGAGACAAUCGAUCCAUUCACAGGCACCACACGCACAACAGCAGAGGCAGCGCGCAAUGCCGUUACCAAGGCUGUUCUAACACUUACUAAUGCAGUAAAGACCUCGUAUGGUGCACUUGGUCUUGACAAGAUGUGCAUAGGAACAACCGGUGAUGUUCUGAUUACUAAUGAUGGAGCGACCAUUCUCACAAAUAUGGAUGUUAAGGAUCCCAUCGCCAACCUGAUCAUUGAGCUUUCGAGGCAGCAGGAUGUAGAGAUGGGUGAUGGUACCACUGGUGUUGUUUUGCUAGCGAGUGCACUCAUCGAAAGAGGAAAUGAGCUGAUCAAGCGUGGGCUGCAUCCAAGUAUAGUUGUGAGCGGAUAUAAAAUGGCAUUUAGAGAGAGUCAGCGGUUCAUAAAGGAGAAGCUAGAGAACAAAGGUGUGGACAUCAACGCCGUGGUUGAUACUACACUGAGUUCCAAGGUUGUUUAUUCGAAGCAUUUUAACGAGCUUACGCUCAGAGCGGUGAAAGCAGUCGAACACGUAGACUUUCUGGGCAAAAAGAAGUACAAAAUUCAGAACAUCAACAUUCUGAAGAAGGAAGGCGGUCAAAUGGCCGAUUCAUUUGCUGUGGAGGGCUAUGCGAUAAAUGCACAGCCGUGUUCAAAGGAAAUGCCUACAAACAUGAAGAAGGUAAAAGUUGCACUGCUUGAUUUCGAUCUUGGUAAGGUGCGCCUCCCGUUGAACGUAAACAUCGUGGUUGACGAUCCGGACAUGCUUGAGAAGAACAGGAAGAAUGAGAUCAGCAUAGCCUUAGAUCGUGUUAAUAUGAUCCUUGACAGUGCAGAUGUAAUUUUGAGUAGCAGAAAUAUCGAUGAUUUCUGUGUAAAGCCUAUAAUUGAGAGAAAGAAGAUCGGAAUUAAACGGGUGCCGAUGAAGGAUCUGAAGGUGCUCAGCAAGGCCCUCAACAUAUCUAUUAGUAAGACAGAGGAGAUAGAGGUGGCUGAGAUUGAUGAGAUUUCGGUUGAGCAACUAGCACACGAGAACUACACGAUAUUCAAAUUUGGAAAGAAUUUGUCAUCAAUCGUUCUGAGAGGAGGUAACGACACGCUGCUUGAAGAGAUGGAGCGAAGUGUUAACGACGGGCUGUGCGCCAUUAAACGAACACUGGAAUGUGAGAGUGUGUUGGCUGGUGGCGGUGCGUUUGAGUGUGCCUUGUCCAUUUUCUUGGAAGAGUAUGCAUUUUCGUUACCCGGUAAAGAAGCAGCUGCCAUUUUCACGUACAGCGAGUCGCUUCUUGUCAUUCCCAAGACACUGGCGAUGAACGCAGGUUUGGAUGCCAACCAGUCCUUGAGCGAGCUGCGUGCGUUCCAGAACAACGGUAACCAGGAGGGAAUGUCAGAGUGUUUUGAUUACGGUCUCGAUAUUCGUACAGGUGAGAUUGUUAACAACAUCAAGAGGGGAAUCGUUGAGCCCGGUAUUAGCAAAAUACGCGCGCUACGAGCUGCCACUGAGGUAGCCAUUUCGAUACUUAGGAUUGAUGAAGUCAUUAAAAUCCCCGAGGCUCCCAAGAAACAACAGAGAGAUAUGUGUGGUUGAGUUAAAUAAAUAAAGUUGGUCAAAAGCUCCAAAACAUUUGAUGAACCUGUUCAUAAUACGGACAGAAUAUUCUUG